CAUGAUCCCGGGCUCUGUAUUGUAAAGGAAUCUGUGAUAAGAAGAAAAGCUUCUGUCUCUCAGCAGGAGUAGGCUAAGACAGCUUAAAAUAAUGCAGAAGAGAAGAUUAUUACCCAUCAGAGCUCCUUUGGUCCUUAUUUUGUGCCAAGUACUUACAGCACUAGAAGUGCCACUUGAUCCACAACUUCUAGAACAAUUACCACAGCCUCCAACUAUAACUCAUCAGUCACCAAAAAACUACAUUGUGGAUCCAAGAGAGAAUAUUUUGAUUCAGUGUGAAGCCAAAGGAAAGCCACCACCAAGCUUUUCAUGGACUCGCAAUGGCACCCUUUUUGAUACAGAAAAAGAUCCACUAGUAACAAUGAAACCAAACUCAGGAACCCUUGAAAUUAAUAUAUUAUAUGGUGGAAAAGCAGACUCUUAUGAAGGGGAUUACCAGUGCACUGCCAAAAAUGACCGUGGAACAGCUGUAUCAAAUAAUAUUGUUGUUCGCCUGUCCAGAUCUCCUCUCUGGACAAAAGAGAAAAUUGAGCCAAUUGUGACACAACAGGGUAUGCCCCUUGUUUUGCCAUGCAAACCUCCAAGAGGUUUACCACCUCCUGUCGUAUUCUGGAUGGAUAACUUUUUCCAGCGACUACCUCAGAAUGGAAGGGUCUCCCAAGGUCUGAAUGGCGAUCUUUAUUUUUCCAAUGUUCAGCCAGAAGAUUCACGGGAUUUUUACAUCUGCUAUGCAAGAUUUAACCUAACUCAGACUAUUCACCAGAAGCAACCUAUUUCCUUAAAGGUUUUAGGAACGGAUUCUAUGAAUGAAACUAUAGCUGCUAAUUUAACUGACACUGAUUUUUAUGGUGACAGCCCUGCAGAUAAUAGAAGCCCAUCACUUCUGGUCCCUUCUGGUCAUACAAGUAACAGAACUGUGCUCAGAGGGGAAGUGUUGUUGCUGGAAUGUAUUGGUGAAGGACUACCUACACCAGAAAUUCGUUGGAAUAAAGAAGGAGCUGAAUUGCCCAGUGACAGAGUGUUCUACGAAAACUUUAAUAAAACUAUGAGAAUAGUGGAUGUGUCAGAGGCUGAUGCUGGGAAGUACAGAUGUACAGCUCACAAUAAUAGGGGCUCAGUUCACCAUAUUAUAACAGUAAUUGUGAAAGCUGCACCAUACUGGAUCACUGAGCCUAGGAAUCUUGUACUGUCACCAGGAGAGGAUGGCACAUUGAUUUGUAGAGCUAACGGAAAUCCUCCUCCUGCUCUUACAUGGCUAAUAAAUGGAGUGGCAAUUGAAUUGGCUCCUCAAGACCCGAGCAGACGAGUAGAAGGUGAUACAGUGAUGUUCUCAAAAGUGCAAGAACGAGCCAGUGCAGUCUACCAGUGUAAUGCUUCUAACAUUUAUGGCUACCAGUUGGCAAAUGCAUUUGUAAAUGUUCUAGCGGAGAAGCCUCGGAUCCUUUCAUCACAGAAGGUUUAUCAAGUCAUUGCUGAUAGAGCUGCCUUUCUUGACUGUCCAUAUUUUGGGUCACCAAUUCCUCGUAUAGAAUGGUUUAAAGGCAUGCAAGCCAGUGUUCUGCAUGGCAACGGGUAUAUUUUCCAUGAUAAUGGGACACUAGAAGUGCCUGUUGCCCAGAAAGACAGCAGUGGGACCUACACAUGUGUAGCCAGAAAUAAAUUAGGAACAGACCAAAAAACUAUCGAGCUUGAAGUCAAAGAGCCAACAAUGAUUAUCUCUCAACCUGAAUACAAGGUGAUUCAGAGAUAUAGUAGAGCAUCCUUUGAAUGCAAAGUUAAGCACGAUCCUACUAUAGUAGCGGAAGUGCUGUGGUUGAAAGACAACAACGACCUGCCCAUUGAUGAAAGAUUUGUUAUCGAAAAGGAACGUCUGACUAUCAAGAACGUAACAGACAAGGAUGAAGGCACUUACACUUGUGUAGCAAACACUACCUUGGACAGCGCCUCAGCCAGCGCAGUGCUCACUGUUGUUGAAGCUACUCUGCCACCACCUGUAAAGACCGAUCGGCCAGAGGCAUCUUCUGAUUUGGAAUUGACUGAUCCUCUUGAAAAGAGUGUGCAGCUCUCAUGGGUGCCAGGAGAUGACAAUAACAGUCCUAUUACCGAGUUUAUUGUUGAAUAUGAAGAUGGCAUGCGUGAACCAGGCACCUGGCACCUCCAGACCAAAGUUAGCGGUACACAAACUACAGUCUCUCUGACUCUUUCUCCUUAUGUUUACUACUCCUUCCGAGUGAUUGCUGUUAAUGAAAUUGGGAGAAGUGACCCCAGUGUACCUUCUGAACGCUAUAUAACAAAGGCUGCAGAGCCUGAAAUAAACCCUUCUCGUGUUAAAGGAGUUGGUACAGAGCCGGAUAAUUUUGUAAUCAUUUGGAACCCUUUAAGGGGUUUUGACUCCAAUGGACCUGGUCUCCAAUACAAAGUCAGCUGGAGGCAGAAGGAUUUUGAUGAAGAAUGGACAUCUGUCACAGUCGCCAACGUUUCCAAAUACAUAGUGUCUGGUACACCUACCUUUGUUCCUUAUGAAAUAAAGGUUCAAGCAUUAAAUGACCUUGGGUAUGCCCCUGAGCCGGCUGUUGUAAUUGGACAUUCUGGAGAAGAUCUUCCCAUGGUUGCUCCUGGUAAUGUUGAAGUAGAAGUCAUUAAUGCCACUUUAGCAAAAGUUCAGUGGGAAUCGGUCCCUCUCACUUCAGUCAGAGGUCACUUGCAGGGAUACCGGGUCUACUACUGGAAAGCACUAAACAGAACAAACAGAAAUAGAAGACACAUUGAAAAAUGGAUGCUGACGUUUGCUGGAAACAGGACCCAUGGGAUGCUUCCUGGAUUACAGCCAAAUACAGACUACAUCCUUAAUGUGAGAGUUGUCAAUGGUAAAGGUGAAGGCCCUUCCAGCAAGGACAAAUACUUUGAGACACCAGAAGGAGUUCCUAGUAUGGCAUUUGUACAAAUUCAUCAUCGAACUUCUGAUUCCCUGACUUUGACGUGGAAUCCCCCGCCCCAUCCAAAUGGAGUCCUGACACAAUAUACUCUAAAGUAUCAGUCAAUAAAUGCUACACAUGAACUAGGCCCUCCAGUAGAAGUUAUAAUCCCAGCGAAUGAAUCAAGUUAUAUUCUUAAAAAUUUAAAUCAGAACACGAGGUACAAGUUUUACUUUUAUGCACACACCGCUGUGGGACCUGGGAUCCAAAGUACACAAGAAGCAGUAACUGCUAUGGAUGAAGCUGUUUUUCCCCAACCUGCUUUGGGUGCAGGCAAAGAGCACGUUUUUGCCACUUCUGCUGUCAUUCACACUGUGCAUCCAACUUUUUACAUGGCUCAGCCAGUCAGGAUCAAGAAUAUCACUGCAGCGGAAACAUCAGCUACUAUUGUGUGGAGUGUUGAGAAUCCAGAAGUCAAGCUCUUUGUUAAAUAUGUAGAACUGAGCAAAGAAGACUGGAAAGAGGAACCUGUAAAUAGUACUCGAAGUGCUUUGGUAAUAAAAGGUUUAUCUCCUGGAACAUCAUAUAAAGUGCAAGUUUACUCUGAUGAUCACAGUGAAUUGUAUGCAGAAGACAUAUUUCAGACAGGUCCAGCCAUGGCAAGUCGGCAAGUUGACAUUGCAACACAGGGAUGGUUUAUUGGCCUCAUGUGUGCGGUGGCCCUCCUGAUAUUAGUUUUAUUGAUAGUUUGUUUUAUUCGAAGAAACAAAGGAGGGAAGUAUCCAGUUAAAGAAAAAGAAGAUGCUCAUGCAGAUCCUGAAAUCCAGCCUAUGAAAGAGGAUGAUGGAACAUUUGGAGAAUACAGUGAUGCUGAAGACCACAAACCUCUUAAAAAAGGAAGCCGGACUCCCUCAGACAGAACAGUCAAAAAAGAAGACAGUGAUGACAGUUUAGUUGACUACGGGGAAGGAGUAAAUGGCCAGUUUAAUGAAGACGGCUCCUUUAUUGGACAAUACAGUGGUAAAAAAGAAAAAGAACCCGUAGAAGGCAAUGAAAGUUCAGAAGCUCCAUCUCCGGUGAAUGCCAUGAACUCCUUUGUGUAGACAUUGCCACGUGGUCACAUUCUCUUUUGCAGACUGCCAUGUUCCAUUCAGUGCACUCAGCUAUCAUUCAGUGAUUAUAUGGAAACACUAUGUAGAAGCAUAUUCAUACAUUGAACAAUACAAUCAAAACACAAGCUGUUGUAAGUGGUACUGGAUGUCAGUGUGACAAUACAAUGUCAUCUUCUUGUUCAAAGCAUAAUUGUUUUCUACAGUGUGCCAGAACUGACACAGAAUCUACAAUGUAGCAAGAUGAAAGAAGCCUAAAGUCCUCUUUCUUUUAUGAAAACUGUAAAUGCAUGAAAUGGUACACAUUUCACAUACCAACUAGUGUAUGUAAGCCAUGGUAUGGUCCUUUGUUAUGCAGUCCUUGGUCUGACACCUGGGUAUAGAGUCCGUUUCCUUUGUCAGUAUUAUAGUAGUGUUACAGUGUGUAAAACUUCAAUGCCUAUAUAGACAUUGCUGGUGAAAUUGGUGAAUUUAUUGUAUAAUACAAACCAUGCCUUUAUAAAAGACUAGAAUAUAUAUAUAUAGAU